UUUACAUAUAUAGAAUGUCCUUUCUCCUAUGGGGACAUUCAGUCCAAGGUGGUUGACAACACUAUUACACUGAUAAAAAUGGAAACAAAACGCCUCAGAAAGCUGGUGAAAGCAGGCGAAACUUUAGGUGCGCUUCCAUUCAUUUUCAAAAACUCUGAACUACAAAUAUCUACAAAAAAGUGUCAACUAAUUCAAAGGAAGAUUUUCAUAUUUUCUCAGAUAUUUUACACAUGUUUUCUAGCCGUGAAUACAAUUUUGCUUGCAAAGGGUAAAAGUAGGGGUGGUUCGAAAGCCUUAGAUUUCGACGUUUGUCUUUCAAUGACGGUUGCAAUGGGCAUCAUGACGGUUCUACAGGUUUUAACCAUUGUGAAAAAGAAGCAAGGCUGCAUCUUGGUGAAUGGAUAUAUUCGUUUUACGAAGAAAUUUCAUGCCGAAUUCGUCACUGGAGCAUUUUCCUCGCCAGAAUUUUCAAACUCAAUCCUCCCAGCGGCUACACAGCUAAAAUCUCCCAUUGUUGAACAUAUGUUGCGGAUCUUGGACAUUGUUACCACCUUGGAGCCCAUUGCAAUGUUUUUUAUCCAAUUUUUUGACCCGCAUGUAGCUUUUGCAGUGACAUCCCUUUUUCGGUUUAAAACUUCACCAUGCUCGACUUCAGUUUGUCAGUUUAUUCGAAAAAUGUGUAUCGUUUUAAACUCAAUCUGGAUAUACUGGUUGUCUACUGGUUGCUGCCUUGUGUCCAUUUUCUACGUUAUUAUAGUCAUCAAUUUUCCAUUAAUCAGUUCAAAAAUACAUCAGCAAUUAAAGUAAGUUGAUUAAUGAAAAUAAUGAGUUUGUAUGCAUAAAUUCCAUGAAAAUGAGACACGCAUGUCAAACAUAACUCAUGUAAAGCCAAACCAAAUUUUUAUUGUUACCGAUUCAUGCUUUUUAUAGCAACCAUUAAAAAUGUAAUUGGGAGACAUAC